AUGUCGGAGAGCGAGGACUCUUUGAAAUCGGGGGAAGGUAUCGUGGCGACAGUGAUGAAGAAGAGCCGAGAUGGUUGGAGAUUGAAUGACCUAGGUAAUCAGAUCACCCUAAAUUGGUGUCGUGUCUACCCGCGGAAAUGCUCAGUCUCUGGUGGUGAUGGUGUUAUCCUGGACCCAGGUCUCAGCACGUUCAUUGAGCAUCAGCUUGGCGAAAUGCAAACCACAGGCGUUGCAAAGCGUUUGGUCACAAUCUGGACCCGGAAGCCGUUCUGA